AUAUUACCCUACAUUAAACAGACACUGGUUGAGCACUAGGACCAAGCGGAAAACAAGCAUCUGUGCUGAAGCCUGUUUCCCAUUAGAGCAUACUGUAAAGACACCCCCCCCCCCCCCCCAAUUUCUAAAGUCAAAAUUAUGUCCAUGUCUGAUAGUACCUGUGCACCAGUUCUGAUUGAAGUGUCCCCCCCAAAUUUCACAUCACUGAAUGUGCUUCGCUCUGAUAGGAGGGGAGGUGGUGUUGCCUCUAUCUUUAGAAACAGAUAUGCAAACAGUUAGUGCAUAGUUAUGACUCUUUUGAAUAGCUUUGUUUAGAAGUUAAAGGUACACCUAAACUUGUCAUUUAUAGACCACCAGGGCCUCCUAGAACUUUCAUAGAUGAUUUUACUGAACUCCUUUCUGUCAUCACUAUAUUACGCACACCUUAUCAUAAGCGGUAAACAAGAAAGGUGAAAUCACCAUCUUAAAAAAAACAGAGUGAGAGACUAUUUGUAUGAUAUACUUGUCAGCCACUAGAUGGUUCAUUUGGGUAAGAGAAAUACUCAAGAAAGAGACUUUAAAUAAUAUUAAGGAGUGCGUCCAUCUACUCAUCUGCAGCUCACACUGUAAAAAAAGUCAGUAGAAUUAACAGGAAAAUUUUGUAAAAUCUCAACAAAAAAACUUGUGGAGCACAAUACAGUGUUAUGGUGUUUAUUUUACAGCAUGAUGUUGUAUAAUGUUGAACAGACAAUUAUUGUAAUUUUUAAAAUAAAAAAUGUGAAUACUAUUGUAUUUUCAUGUGAAAAACACAGAUUUGUACAAUUUGUACAGAGAAAAGUUGUAACUUUAGAAACAACAUAAAUUGUUUUUUUUUUUACAUUUCUAUGAUGUAAAAAAUACACAAUUUAUAUUGUUUUUAAAGAUACAACAUUUCUCUGUACAGUAUUGUGAUUAUUAAAUUAUGAAUUUAGUGUUUGGCUGAUUGACUGGAUGUCGAAUUUUAUAGGCAGCACAUUUGUUUCUCCAUGAAAAUCAGACCAAAACAAUCCAGCAAGUUUCAAAGCCCAGAUUUAUAAUGUUUCGGAUUCUCUGUAUCAUCUUUACAAACUUUUUCUAUUUCAUCAAUAUUUCUUACCAACAUCUAUUCUAAGUGUUCCUGUUACCAUGAAAUUUUACAUUUUCAGUAAUAAUUUAUAAAAAUAAAUACAUUUUUAACAAUUGCAGUUCCCCCCCUCAUCUGCUGGGGUUGGUUCCAGAUAUCAAGUUCCUAUUGAGUCCCAUGUUAAAAAUGCCAAAUACACAGCAGAAAAUAAUGUUUACAGGUAAAAAAAAUACCUUACCCAAUGACAGUGAUGGACUGAGUGGGUUGAGCCUGCAAUUGUCUGAUCAUGGGGGGCAGACACUUAACGCUUCUGCCACGUAACCAGAAGUAGAUGGGUUUGACUUAGGCUCCCCAUUUUCCAGGAGUGACAAGACAGAUGACAAGGCCAAGAUGGCAGUGGUGGGACUGGCCCACUGGGCUUCAGUUCAUCUCUUCAGAAACCCACCAGUGAUGGCACAGAUUAUUAGUCAUUGUGUGACCCAGGAUUUUAGGGGCUCCAACAGAAUGCGUAUAGUGGUUGUAAAAAUAUAUACAAUUUGAACAGAUAAAGAUUUCAUGCAUUCAAGUUUUGCCUUAUUUCCUUGUCCCAAGUGCAUUAAAUAAAACACAUUUAUCAAAAAGGCUAUAGCAAAUAAUCACGUUUCACUUUAUCCUUAGUCGAUGAUAUAAGAUACAUUUUAUAAUGGAGAAAAUCAAAGUGAAGCAAUUGUCUUUGCAAAACUGAAAGUAAAUAAAUGAAUAUAUGAGGAAAUAAAUAAAUAAAUGAGGAACUAAAACUAAAAAUAGAAAGAAAUAAACUAAUAAAUAGAUUAAACAAAGUUCUAACAAAACAUUUAAUUAUAAAUAAAUUUAUGUCAAUGACAUAAAUUUAUUUAUAUAAUUAAACAAUGACAUAAUGCCAUUGUUUAAUUAUUUCCAAUAGUAUUUUCUCAUUUAUUUGUUUUUGUUCUAUUUUUCAUUUUUGGCAGCAUCCGCCUUCCGUACAUCAUGCCGUCACAAACGGAGACAACACCCAACUCAACUGGAACAUUAUACUGAGUUCUUUGCUACAAUCUCAAAAUUUCCCCCACUGUGGCCAAUAUAGGUGCAAGGCUAUAGUGAUUUGUAACUAUUGUAGCUCAUGGCAGAGGACACUUCACUCUUCCAGCUCUCCGUUCUGCCCUCGUUCUCGCGUGACUUCCGUUUGGACGAAGUUUGAAUUAACGGCUCUGACUCUGAGGCUGAAUUCCGCCGGAAAAUUUUCUCCCGAGGACCCACAGGACCACGUCAACGUCAAGUGUCUGUAAGCUAUCUUUCAUUUCCUUAAAACGUAAAAAGCACAGUGGUUUGUUUUUAGGGGAUUUUUUUUCUUUUUUGUUUCAUCGUGCAGCAAAGCUAGUUAGCUUAGCUUUACCGGAGCUGUCGCACUUUGAAGUUUUCUAGCAUUGUUUAAACAUGCUUGUCUGCAGGUUUUGCAGUAAAACUUUACAGUCACUCAGGGGCUAUGUGUUGCACUGCAGAGUGCACAGAAACGAACCUAAUUGUUUAUUCAAAUGCCUCGGCACUGAAUGCAAACGGACAUUUUGUACAUAUGCAGCAUUUAAAACUCAUUUUUACCGAGUUCACAACAUGCUUUCACAUCCUGAAUCAGCUAAAGCUGUUGUUGAAAACUUGAAGUGCGCCAUUUCGUUGUGUGGGCGCCAAAGUCAAACCGUGCAAGAACUUGUUGCUCAUUUAAAGGAGCAUAUAAUGGAGGGACGGCCCAUGGCGUGCCCAGUAAAAGGCUGUAAAAAGCAUUUUACUGUUAAAUCGUCAUUCACAGCUCAUAUGUCCCGUAAACAUAGAGGCUUUACUGCGCUCAAUAUUGAUGCUUUGUACAAGGAAAGCACAUUUCAGAUUUGUAGUGAGGCAGAAGAAGAUGGGCCAGACGAGAGCCCAAAUGGCACACUGACAAAUGAAUUGUCUCCAAAUUUCAGUGAGGCUUUCCUCAGAAAUUUGUGUCAUUUCUACCUAAAACUUCAAGGACAGCUGCUUCUACCAGCAUCCUCAAUACAGACCAUCGUUGAAGAGAUGCAAAACGUACAUGAGCUGGGAAUGGAUUACACUUUGAGUAAACUGAAGUCACUUUUAAAAGAUGACAUUUGUCUAGCAGAUGAUGUUAUUGCUAAAGUAUGUGACUGCGUGAAAGAUUCAGAUCUUUUUUCUGUUUGUCAUCGAGGACCACUAAGAAGAACAUAUUCAAGAGCACAUACAUUCAAAAAAGUGUUCAAAUACACAGAACCAAAACAAAUUAAUUUAGGGAAUGAUGAAAACUUGACUCAGAGAUUUUACUACUACAUACCCAUUAAACAGACACUAAGUAUACUUUUAGAAUCAGAAUUAUGGAAGAAUUCAGUGUUACAACAGUCCAGUGAAACAAACUCUGAUGUUUUCUAUGACAUAAGUGAUGGACAAAACUUUCAGUGCAACCAGUUCUUCAUUGAAAAUCCUGGGUGCCUGAAACUCAUUCUGUACCAAGAUGCCUUCGAAAUUGUAAAUCCUCUUGGUUCAGCUAAAAAGAAACACAAAGUUGUUGCUGUUUAUCUAUCUGUGGCUAACUUACCUGUUCAUGUCCGGUCAAGCACUGAUCACAUGUUUCUUGUUUCAUUGUGUGCAGAGAAAGAUUUAAAACAGUUUGGAACUGCUAAGAUUUUUUCAGAACUUCUCAUGGAUUUAAGAGAUUUAGAGGAAAACGGCAUUAUUGCAGGUGAAGAAACUAUCAAAGGAGCACUCUUCUGUAUCGCUGGUGACAAUUUGGGAUCACACAGCAUCGGCGGGUUUACUGAAAACUUUAGUACCUCUAAGUACUUUUGUAGGUACUGUGAAAUCACACGUAAAGACUUUGAAAAUGAUCCAAAUGCUUGUGGUCCACAGCGCACCCCUGAAGCUUACAACUCUGCUGUCCUUCAUCUACAAACUGGAAGCAAUCAAGACGUCAAAGGAGUCAAGAAAUGGCAGAACAAACAUUUCUACGUGGUGCUAUCAAUGACGUAUUGCCUGACCUCGCAGAGGUUUCAAAAGAAAUCCUCGAAGAAACUUUAAAGUCAAUUGGAGUGGAAACUUACAACGACUUCCAAUUUAUUGCCUAGGAUGACUUGCUAUCAGCGUUGAGGCCAGUACAAGCCAGAAAAGCCCUUGCUGCUUGGAAAUCCAGAUACCAGGAUCGUGAAAGCAGCAGGUCUCCAGUUUGUACUUCACCAGAAACUCCUGCAUCUCUGCAUUCUUCUUCCCCACUGAGCAUGUCAUCAAACUCCAACAGCAACCAGACAUCUGAAAUCGACUGGGUGGAUACCUUUGAGAUACCAUGGAGAAAGUUUCCAGAGGAACUGAUGCAGUCAUUGGAGAGAGGAAAACGGCCAAGUCCAAAAAUGAGGAGGAAGAUGGUCAGGAUUGUGGUAUCAGAAAUGAUGAAAAAAAGUUCUUCCAUAGGUAAAAGAAGUUCAACAGAAGUAGCAAAAACGAUGGUGGCAAAAUAUCCAAAAUCUCUACAAGACGUCAUAGAGGGUGAUGUCAUUGGCCCUGGCUAUCAUUCUCUGGCCAAACAACUGCAAUAUCGACUAGAGAACGUGAAGCGAUCUGCAGUUCCCAAAAUAAGAAAGCGAAAGCACUGCUCUGAAAACUCAGACACUGAUGAAAUUACUCCAGAACAGCGAGCUUCUGUUCAAGACACUUAUGGAUGCAUCAACUGGGAUGUAAAAUUCCUGCCACUUGGAGAAACCCCUGAAAGCCAGCAGCUGAAGAAGGAAAAGCUUAAGACAAUGUGUCCCCAAAAGGAGGCAAAUCCUGAGGAAAUAAAGCAAUUAAUGAAGGCAACUUUCUACACACAGCGCAAAGAUGUUAACCAGGGGAAAAGCAUCCGAGAGAUCUUGAAAGAGUGGCCACUUUUAUUUGAAGAAGUUGGCAUGUAUGUCCACUACAAAGGACUAACUGGGCUUGGACUGAAGGAAACAUUCAUGCGGAACAUGGAUCUGAAGGGAAAACGACUGCUAAACUACAUGAACACUGUUUGUGUGAACAAGAACAAACGGUUUUUCCAGGCUCAAACAAAGCUGAAGAUGAUAAGAGGAGAACUGGACGGCUCUUCCGAAGAUGUUAAAGAGAUGGUGCUCCUACUUCUUCACUAGUUUGAUGAAAAACAAUGUGGAGGACACAUGUCUGGCUAAAGAAGUACAGAUGGAAAAUGUCCCCAUGACACCUACCGUCAUUGUGUGUGGGCGAUCCUGCUAUUAUGCUAAACGGUUCAUGUUGAGUGUGGAUCAAGAAGUUGGGCACAACAACGUCUCCUGCUUCAUCUCUGCAUUUUGCAUGAUGUUUGGGAGCUACUACUGCCUGAACAUUCAUUACCCAUCAGGUCUAGCGUGCACACUGGAGUUUCUGCAGAGGUGUUUCUUUUCUAUCAACCCGGAAAAGGGCACCAAAGUGGAAGAAACCGGCAAAUCCAGACUGCAUGUGAACCCCCGAGUCCUCACCUUGAUUCAAGAACUUUCAGAUCAUGAGUGGCGUGAUGUCUGAAACUGGACUAAAGUCAGUGAGUUUUCCAACCAUGACUGAGACUGUUGUAAAGAAGUAACCACAUAAGAGUUUAGACUGCAUACAAGUGUUCACCAUUUCUCUAUUUUUGUUUUUGCUUUAUAGCAAAUGCAUUCUGAUUUUGUGCUAGUACCUUUGUUGUUCUAGAAAGUUGCAUUCUGAAAUUAUUGGUAUGUUAAAGCUCUUGCUUUAUGACAGCAGAGUAUUUUUUUUGUCCUUUGUAAAAAAAAAAAGAAAAAAAAAAAGAAAAAUAAUGUGUACCCCAAGGUCAUCACCUUGAUUCAAGAACUUUCAGAUCACAAGUGGUGUUAAGUCUGCAACUGGACAAAAGUCGAAAAAGAAAAAAAAGUUUUCAAACUAUGAGACUGUUGUGAAGUAACGUCAUAAAAAUUUACACUGCAUUCAAGUGUUCGCAGUUUCUCCAUUGUUGUACUUGCUUUGUAGCAAAUCCAAACUGAUUUUUAGUGGUAGUAUGUUUACUGUUCUAGAAAGUUGCAUUCUGAAAUUAUUAGAAUGUUAAAGCUCUUCAUGACAGCAGAGUAUUUUUUUCCUUUUUAAGAAAAUUGUGGACCUUAAAACUUUUCCACAUAUUUUUACAGUUGGUUAAAUUAGGCUCAAAAUAAAAGUUUGAAAGGUGUUCAAGUGUACGUUUUUUAUUUUUUUCAUUAGUGAUUCUCUAUAUAAAGCCUCAUUUUUCUUUAAAGUUGCGUUUAGGUGGUGAACGUUUGUUGGCUAUCAUAGUUUGUUUAGAAAUAUUAUUACAUAUGCCUAACUAAAUAUUACUAUAAAGAAAAAGAUUGUAAGCAAAUUUAAAUAAAAUUUUCAGGAAGUAUUUAAAAUUUUGCACUGGCAUUUUUACAGUUCUAUUGUUAUGCAAGGUCUUUUUCAGUAAGAUUGAAUUUAAUUUAAUGUACAACAAAACAAACAUUAUUGUAAAUACAACUGGAAAAAGGCAUAAAAUAACAGCAUGAUCAGGUUAAUUCAUCAGAAAAACAUUGUGUAAUUCACCUGUAAAAAAAAAUCCGUUGUUUUUACAAAAUAAUUUUGGCAGCUGUGGUUGCCAGAAAAAUUCUGUAAAAAACACUUUGAACAUGUAAACAGUUUUACUGAACGUACAGUAAUUACAACAUUGUUUACUUGUAAAAUGUACAUAUAGUCUCAUUAAUUUAUACACAUUUUGAGUGUGAUUUUUAUAAGGGAUAUUUUGUUAAAAAUACAGUAAAAAAUUUUUUAUUUUAACAAAAUAUCCAUUAUAAAAUCACACUCAAAAUGUGUAUUAAAUAAUGAGAUUUUAUCGCAAAGACUACGACUCUGUAGGGUUUGGUAAAUUGAGUGCUUUAAGAGUUCAAAAUAUAUUACCUCUACUUAUGACCAAUAAGCUGUGAUACUCUGUAUAAAUAUAGAAUAUCAACCUGCUUGGUCUUUACUGUGUUUAAUCAGAAGUUUCUAGGAUUCUUUGUUUAUUCAGGGAUUGUAAACGCUUCGUUUUGAUUCAGAAAAGAGUCAGAUUUGUAAAAGUAAGAAUUUAAUUCACAAACAAUUAAAACAUGACAUGUUAACUAAUAUUUACUGUGACGGAUGAACCUAGAAGUAGUAUAUGGUGUAGUGUAUGGUUCCUAUGUGUGAAUGCAAUGUUAUCAGAACUUCCUUAUCUAGGAGAUGGGUGUAAAAGAAUUUGGUUUGCAUUAUGAAGUUGAUUAUUAUCAAAGGCGUCAGACGCUAUCUGUGUGUCUACUUCACCCGUUCUCGGAGACCCUCUUCGUGGAUCAGAAGGUCAGAAAGGUCGGAUGACCUCCGGCACCCAGGUCCAGUAGAUUGACCACAGCACCGACUUCUCCAGUCCAGAGAUGUCUCGGGUCACGACAGGUGGAUGGAACCGCGCGUCUGGGACUCUUCAAGGAGUCUAAACAAUAUCAGCUUGUUCUGCAGGAACCGUUUGCAGCUUCGCAGGUGCAAAAAGAUUUUGACGAUGUGUCAAAAGCUUUGAUGGGUUAGACAGGUUUUGCUUCAGAUGGCUGUUCUGAAGCUUUCUCAAGAACUGAGCUGAACUGCUGAAUCACCAGAGUGAUCCGGUUUUAAUGUUCUCAUGUUAUGGUUUGUGUAGCCAACCAGAGGUUGACAUGUUGAGGAAUGGUUACCAAGACAACCUCAGAAACACGCCUUCCUUGAUACCGGAUGCUCUGAUCUGGGUAAAGAACUAUCUAUACACUGUAAACCCAAAAGUACAAUGAGCUCAAACGUUUUAUAACCAUAGAAAUCAAAAGUGGCUACCAAGUCAAAACAACUUAAAACUUUAAAGCAGAUUCAACUUUUACUUAAGUUAGAUUUAUUAUAAUAUAAAAUUAUGAGUAAAUGAAACCUUUGUGUCAAAGUUAUUGAGUUAAGAAACGUAAUGACGUCAUAGCGUAUGUUCGUGAACGGGAAUUAGAAACGGGAAACUUUUCUUGAUGGCGCCAAGGCUAAGCGAAGCUAACCAAGAAAAAAUGUAAGUAAAAUGUAUAGACCACGGUUUUCAAAUUUUUUUUCCGUUGAGUUCAUUUAUGUUAUUACCAUAGAACUAUUUUGUCCGUGUUGAAUAAUCUCGGUCGAAACACUGUUAUGUUUUACGUCACCGAGCCGCAACACAUGUUUGAAUCAGCUAACCGCUAGCUAUUUUAAUGCAAGCUUAGAUGAAACUAAAAUACAAGAGACAGUCGGUGGGAGUUAUUAUUACCGAUGGUUUAUCUAUUUUCGCCACAAGUUUUGUGAUAUAGUAUUGUUCAAGCUUUCGCGAUGUAUGGUUUAUAUAUUUUUAACUUAAUGACUGUUGCUGUGUAAAUGUGCGCUAAGCUAGCUUUCUCGUAGUAACGUCUGUGUGUGUGUGUGUGUGUGUGUGUGUGUGUGUGUGUGUGUGUGUGUGUGUGUGUGUGUGUGUGAGAGUGUCUGCGUUUCUCGUUACACAGGUCAAAGUCAGUUGGCUUGGAGCAUUAGAGACAGUUCUACCCGAACUCAGAGGAGCACACACCAGGGAGCAUUCCAGGAGAAGGAGUAGAUUCAUUGAAGCCUUUUCGAGGUGAUUCAGAGGCUUGUGAGGCCACAGGUUUCUAAAGAACAAACACCAGGGACCUUUCUACGAGGAGAGGUUGAUUCAUUAAGGACUUUCUGGAUUGAUUUUGAGGCUAGUAAGGCUAGUUGAAGGGUUUCUAAAGUGAAAUGAAAUGGAAAUGCAAGUUGUGUGUCCACUCCUCAGAUACUCGGAGAAAAUUAUUGGAACACUACCGGUUAAAACAUAGCUAUUUCUCCAAAGUAACACCACUGCCAUGUGUUUUUGAAGCGUGCAUUUGUACAUUUGCAUCUUUUAAUGCUUUGAAAAUUCAUCUGUCACGGUCUCACCAACACAAAGGUUCUGCAGGUAUUGAGGUACAAGGAGGCGUGUCACUGUUUACCUGUUCAGUGUGCAAAUUCAAUCAGCCUUUUUCAGAGGAAACGUUGUUUAGUCAUUUAAGAGGACACUUAAAAAACCAUGAAACAGUUCCAUGUCCAUUUAAGAACUGUAGUUAUACCACAAAUGUUUAUUCAUCCUUUAAUGCUCAUAAGAGUAGGACACAUGGCAGUGCUUUAGAUUUUAGUGAUAAUGUUGUGUCUACAGAGAAAGUGGCAGCUCCAGCAACUGCUGAUUUUGAUGAAGAGCAUAGUUUAGGUCAACCUGAAGAGCUGUCUGAAGAUGUGCCCUCUCAUUCUGAAGAUGGGAUCUGUGAGACCAGUUUUUGGGAAGCCCAGUUGCACCAAAAAUUGGCCUCUUUGUUUCUCAAAAUGCAGUCAAUUCUCCAUGUCUCUGAGAGAGCUUGUCAAGAUAUCAGGGCAACAGGAAAGGGCCAAGAUUUAUCAUCUGCAAAACGAAGAAAAACAUAUAUUGAGAGGCAUUAUCCUGUUGUCAUGCCAGUGCAAUAUGUGUUGGACACAGGACAUACUACAGUAUAUGUGCCA